AUGUUUAGCCGCAUCGCCGGUUUUGCUCGGCAGGCCGUCGUUGCCGGCGGGCGUAGGCGGCUGGUGCUGGCAGUUGUCGCGCCGACUGCUGCGGCUGCUCUCACUUCUGCCCCUACUGUGUGUGAGCCCGCGCACCUGAAGCGGUCCCGAACUUUUUUCGAGGGUCCCAAGGUGCUCUUCACGCCGGAGCAGCAGGAGGAGAUUGCCGAGGAGAUAGGCGAGACCGUUGUUGUUGCGGCAAUGCCAACUGCAAUAAAAGACGCGCUCAUCGAGCAAAUCGUCGCGGCUGCGGCAAUAGUGCUCAGCGAGCUUGACGUCGAGACGAGGGAGUCCCUCAAGAGUGGAGCCGUCUCGUCCGCGCUGAACAGCCGCCUCACUCAGCAGGUUUUCCAAAUGCUGAACUUCCCUCUCCUGAGCCGUGAGGCCAAGUUCAACGUCACUACCACGGUGAUGAACUUGGUGACGGCGCGGGAAGUUGAGGAUAUUACGAUCACCUCUGCUGCGAUCCAGCUCCUCGCCCCGCGGUUCGAGCGUGCGAUCCGCGAGUUUUGCGUCGCUGCCUCGAUUGAGCCGGGGGCGCCGCUGGACGAGGCGGCCUCGCGCGACCUCCUGCUGGCGAGCCUCAAGGCGGUUGUGCCACAGUUCGAACGCUUGCUUCCGAUCGACCUUGUGCACCAGCUCAUCGGAGCCGACGCGGCAGACCUGGACGCCGUCAAGGAGCUCGUCGUCAAGCAGCUAAUCAGGGAAACGGCACUUCCGGACACGAUCCCGUCGGAGGCACGGGAGGCGGCCCUGCAUGAGGCGGUCGGGAUUCUCUGCGAGUGCGUCUUCGCCAACAACGCAGUCGACGACCUCAAGGACCAGAAGAGCUCCAUGGCGCGCAUCCACAAGCGCAAGCAGGCCGACCUCGCGCACCGCCUGAGCAACUUGGCGGACCACAAGCAGCAAACUCGCGUCCGCGUGUCGCGUGUCAAGUUCAUGGAGCGCGAGGCCAAGAAGCAAGAACUGCCCGACUCGAGCUGGAAUCCGUUCGGCCACAAGUCCACGGCGUAG